AUGCCUCGUGCUGUCAAGCAAGCUGGAACAGCUUCAACUUCAAAAUCGACGGUCAAGCCGACCUUUAAGAUUCCCACAAACAGUCAUCUAAUCAUCACAACACCUGGUGGCAUUUUUUCCUGGGAUCAUGAUGGAGUCAAGAAGCUUUUCAGCAGCAGUAAGAAGGGAAUCCUUGCAGCAAAAGAAGCAAAAGAUGGGAGUCAAAUGCUAGCUGUAGCGGACAAGCAUGUCGUUGUUUUGCAUGAUUGCAAAAGAGGACGCGAAGAGAGCUGGGGUUUGAGCGGUAGCGAAGGCAUCGUGAGACUUCUCGAGUACACGCCGGAUGCAAACUCUCUAUUUCUGAGCACCUCAUUGACGGGAGCGAUACAACACUACUCCGUCCACGAGUCACGUCAACUCGACUCUGUGUCAAAUCAUCCUUCUCCCCCGACAGUGCUCGCAGUCUCAACUACGUCUCAUCUCAUGAUUUCUGCUUCCGAGAACCCUACAGUGAUCUACCUCCAGAAUCUCACCCUCAAGACCGCUGCUGUUCAGCUACACCCCUCUGCCAGCAAUGCCGCAAUUGCAACCGCCAGCUUUCAUCCUGAGCGACCCAAUCUCUUUCUACUUGCUUUCAAAGACGGAACCGUCGCUGCGUACGAUGCGACCAAGAUAUCUCGACAAAGCGGAGCACGUGUCGAUGGCAAAUCCUGUCAACCUACCAAUGGUCACUCAGGCGAGAUUUCUCAUUUGUCAAAUCUGCACCAAGUUACCAAUGUUCGGGGCAUAUCGGAUCCGCCAGAUGCUUCAGCUAAUACAAACGUCGGAAGCAAAAGCAUAGCCAUCACAGGCGCAGCGUUUUUGCCUGGCUUCCGCACUCGCGCAAUCAGUGUCGGUGCAGAUGGAAAGUGCAGGCUUUUUGACUUCGAGGCUGGCGGUAAGAAGAUACGAACAUGGCAUGCACAAGCCCCCGUAACUUCAUUAUCAGUCUUGCGCCCCAAAGAGACUGCGAAUUCAACAGCCACCAGACUCGGCAAGAGAGCGGUUUCUAAGCCAAUCUCUAGCACUACGGGUGCCUCUACCGAUACCAAUACAAUAAUCGCUGUAGGAAGAGUCGAUGGCCAAGUGCUUCUCUUUGACUCGCUUGGUUUACGACUCGAUCAAGUUGUUGUCAAUGAACUUGGUGAGAAAGUUAUCAGCGUGGAAUGGAUGAAAGGCCCGAGUCCACACGCCAUAUCAAGCCCUUUUCGGCCGACGUCUGAAAGGAGAGACGCCAGAUGCGACUUGUCCCCCGCUAUUCCCUGGACUGGAAAAGAGACUGGUCCUACUAUGCCGGAUGUUCUCAAGCUUCCACCUGGCGCUGUCUUUGAUCCGAUGCAAUCGUUGCCCGCAGUAUCGGUGUACAUCUCCGAGGACGAAGAAGUGUCGACAGUCAGACACACGCCAGCUGCGAAUGUGGAAAUACGCUCGCCAUUCGUCGAGACUACUUAUCUGGACCUUUUCUCUCCGGUCAAGAAGGUCUCACCUGCUCAUAGGCCUCAGAGAAGUCCUGUAUCAUCACCACAUCUUCGUCGCUCACGAGUCUCAAGCCAGACAUUUAUCAGAUCGAGUAGCCCAGAGCCUGUUCCUACAGAUCUAGAUCAUACGCAAAGGCCUUUCGAGACACCCAAACAACUAUCGAUACAUCCUUUGGACACAACGAUUGUACCAAGACAGAGAUCACCUCACGGAGCUAAGCCGCCUGUAUCCGCUCGACGUGGGCCCAGAUCAGCGCGCAAACGGGAUCAUGGUCGCCCUGUCGGAAGAAAUGGACAGCUUCUCGCUGACCUGCGGAGACUUGACGCGGGCAACUCCCAUCAAGCGAAGAAAAGCGGCGGCACUGCUCUUUUCGCUCCAUACAUGAACCGUACUGGAAUCUCCGAUCUACCACGAGUGCAAGCGCAGUCAUCGCCCCAAGACGAUGCAUCUGUUCUCCAGAAUAAUCGGCACUUUGAGCGUAAGCCUGGACAUCGCCAUCACGAGCCGACACAUCCAAGCCAAAAGAUUCGCUUCGAGUCUGAGAGUCAUUCAUCAGACCGUGAUAUCUGGAUGUCUGCUGGGUCAUCUGAGGAUGAAUGUAAUCAGCGAAAAGACAACAAGCGUACGCACUACCAUGCUCGUCAAAGACAAAUUGGACAACCCCAUCCAGGAAUACCCCUCACGCACAGAAGUUCGAAGCCUCAACGUGAACCCUUCGUACCGAUAUUGCGACCUGAGCCGUCUGCGAACAUUGCGACAAUUUCUCCACAGCCGCAUAAUGCAAGCAAGGAAGCAGCAGUGCUUUCAAUGUCUGAAGAAGCCAUGUACAGUGCU